UCAGUUCAGUCGUCACUGAAGCAGUACGUCUGGAUUUGGGUGAAAAAUUGCCGAAAAAAUCUGCAUGGGAUGAAAAUACACUUCCAGUUUCCAUUCGGUUCGGUUCAGGUGUGCACGGAAACAUAUCUCGGACAGUCAGACAAUGUUUUCCAGUGACAGUGUCGUCAUAAACGAUAGUCCAAGUGCCCCCUAAGUGAAGAGUUUUUUUUUUCUCCCAUUUGCAAGUGCAGUGAAAAUCCUCGUUCAUUGCGUGAAUUGUGAUUGCAAAAGAUUUGAACAAAAACAGAAUAAAUUGCUACUGUGUUUUGUUGAUUCGAUCUACUGGAACGACUGAGAUCUGGCCUACUUUGCAUAAAAUUUACAUUUUGGUUUUUCAACGUGCAGCUCGCUAUUUGCAGAAAUGUUUUGCACUGACGUGUCAUCGUAAAUAUCGAUAGAGAGAAACAAAAAACAAUGCACUGCGGAUUGUGAAACGUAUCGCAGCAGCACGAAGUGUUUGUUCAAAGUGGUAGAAAAAGGAAAAUCUUAUCAGUGAUGUGACUUCACCCCCGGUGAAACAGUGCAUGCUGUUAGAUAGAAAAAAAGAACCCUUCACAACGAAUAUAGAUACUGAUAAAGUUUUAUCGUCGCUAGAGGCAUAAUCUUACGUAAGGCUGGCUAUAGUUUGUAUGGCUUAAUUGUGGUUUUUCGUGAAAGGAUUGUUUGAGCUCCGUAACGCAAAACAAAACCACAAUCUGGGAAAGAUGUCUUUCGUGAGCGGAACCACAGACAACGAGGCGGCGCAAAAGUUUCUGGAAACGUUGCAAAAUGAUUUUCGCAUUCUGUCGCUGGAAACGAAGAAAAAAUAUCCUCAGAUCAAAGAGUCAUGUGAGGAAGCUAUACUGAAGCUGAAAGCGGCUGCCGCCAACCCCCAGACUCCGGUUCACUACGUGGUAAACCAGAUCCUGUAUCCGCUGGUGCAGGGCUGCGAGUCGAAGGAUAUCAAAAUCAUCAAGGUUUGCCUCGGGAUGAUGCAACGUCUGAUAACUCAGCAGGUUGUGGAUCAGAAAGGAGCACGCUACAUCACCGAUACCCUGUGGAUGCUGAUGGAAAAUGGAACCGAAGAGGUGAAAAUUUUACAAAGCGUCACUCUGCUUCUGACCACCAACACCGUAGUCCACGGGGAAACGCUGGCAAAGACGUUGGUUCUGUGCUUUAGGUUACAUUUUACCAAGGAUUCAACGACUAUUAACACGGCAGGAGCGACUGUGCGGCAGUUGGUUUCUCUCGUAUUCGAGAGGGUAGUCGCCGAAGAAGGCGAGGCUGAGGCCAAUCAGGAUGAAAAACGAGAAGUGAAUUUAGAAGAGCUCAAAUUGGCCACGGGUGUUGCCCCGAAAGGAUUGCGCCCGUGUGCGGCAGAUGCUUAUCUAUUGUUUCAGGAUUUAGUUCAGCUUGUCAACGCGGAUCAACCCUACUGGCUGCUCGGGAUGACCGAAAUGACACGCACCUUCGGACUGGAGCUGCUAGAGUCUGUCCUAACUCAGUAUACGUCGGUGUUCUACAAGAACCCGGAAUUUUCGUUCCUACUGAAGGAACGCGUCUGUGCUUUAGUCAUUAAGCUGUUUUCACCGAACAUCAAGUACCGAACGAUGGCACCACAGAAUGCCCAAACGACGGCUCCCCAUGAUAAACCGUACUUUCCUAUCAGCAUGCGACUGCUGAGGGUGGUUUCAAUUCUAAUUCAAAAGUAUCAUAGCUUACUGGUUACGGAGUGCGAGAUAUUUCUGUCGCUGAUUGUGAAAUUUUUAGACCCCGAUAAACCAGCCUGGCAACGAUCUCUGGCACUGGAAGUGCUCCACAAAAUGACCAUUCAACCGGAACUGCUGAUUUCGUUUUGCCGUUGCUACGACCUGAAAGAUCAUGCCACCAACAUUUUCCAGGACAUCAUAAAUUCUCUCGGAACCUACGUGCAGAGUUUGUUCAUCAACACGCCGCUGUUGAAUAGUUCCGUUGGUGGAACUCAAGGCCAACCGGCAGCUUUAAUUGGAGGACUUCCAGUUGGACCAGGCAUUUCACCACAACCGGGCUUUCUGUUUCGUGGUGUAUUCCUUCCGCUGGUUGUCACGUUCCCUGCUGGACAAUCCAAAUCGAUGUUCUUGGAAAUGUUGGACAAAAUGGAACCACCUCCGAUUCCGGAUGGCUAUGGGAUUUCGGUUGCGUACGCUUGCCUGCUCGACAUAGUACGAUCAAUCUCUCUGUCGAUACAAGGACCGUCGCAGCUGGGAGUGGAAAACCCAAUCCCCUACAGAAAACGCGUAACCGAAGAUGAUAAGGCGCUGCAUAUUCAGCUGAUCUAUUCCAGUUGGUUGGGACUGCUGUCGGCCCUUGGACCCCUAAUUGAUGCAGCCACCGAUGAAUCCACGACGGAAAAUGUACUCAAGGCCAUUCAGAACUAUGCCGCACUUUGCGGUCUACUGGAACUGCACACUCCACGGGAUGCCUUCAUAACGGCGCUCUGUCGAGCAUCGCUUCCUCCACACUAUGCCUUAUCGGUGCUGAACGUCAACUACCAGGGCAGCCAGUUCAAGAGUCACUCUCGUGGUGGCAGCCAGGAUAUGGGAAACGUGUUCCUGGGAUCAUACGGGGAUGCCGAUCAGCAGCAACAGCAGCGACAUCCGGUGGUUGCCGUCGGUACGCCCCUACCGACGUCAUCACUUCCAGUUGGUGCACAUCAGGGUCCUGUUCUGUUGACUGCCAAAAAUCUCCAAUGUAUGAGAUCAGUUCUUCAUUUGGCUCAUUGCCAUGGAGGAAUUCUCGGUAGCUCGUGGCACAUCGUACUGACAACUCUUCAACAUCUGGCUUGGAUCUUGGGAUUGAAACCAUCGACCGGAGGCAGCCUACAGGCGGUUCAGAAACCUCCGACCGAUGCCAACUCAAUCACUCAGGUGAUGACAGAUCUUCCGGUUCUGUCGCAGAUGCUGAGUCAACUGUUUGAGUCCAGUCAGUACUUGGACGAUGUCGCCUUACACCAUCUGAUCGAUGCUCUUUGUAAGCUAUCCCACGAAGCCAUGGAACUGGCCUACAACAACCGUGAACCUUCGUUGUUUGCCGUUGCAAAGCUGCUCGAGACCGGACUGGUCAAUCUGUCACGCAUCGAAGUCCUCUGGCGACCACUGACCAACCACUUGCUGGAAAUUUGUCAACAUCCUCAUAUCCGAAUGCGAGAAUGGGGCGUCGAAGCCAUUACGUAUCUGGUGAAAGCUGCCCUGCAGUACAAAUACGAGAAACCUUUGAAGGAAAACCUCAAGCUGCAGACUUUACUGCUGGGACCAUUGUCGGAAUUUUCCUCCGUUCCGCACGGUGACGUUCGCCAACGGCAACUGGAGUGUGUUCUACAAGUGCUGAACGGUGCCGGCGAAACCCUGUCCCAUGGUUGGCCUCUCGUUUUGGGAAUCAUCGGUGCCGUUAACGAUCAUCAUGGCGAAGCCCUCAUCCGAAUUGCCUUUCAAUGUCUACAACUUGUGGUUACCGAUUUCCUACCCGUAAUGCCCUGGCGCUGUUUGCCACUGUGCGUAAAUACGGCUGCCAAAUUCGGAUCGCAAACACAAGAGUUGAAUAUCUCGCUGACUGCAGUUGGUUUGAUGUGGAACAUCUCCGACUACUUCAAUCAAAAUCAGGAGAAACUGUCGCAAACGGUUUGCGACGACACGUCGGUAUUGCCGGACUUCCCCGGGACGCUCAACAUGCCCCACUUCGAUCGUCUGUGGAUGUGUUUGUACGCGCGGCUCGGCGAUCUGUGCGUCGAUCCGAGACCAGCGGUCCGCAAGUCGGCUGGGCAGACUCUGUUUUCGACAAUUUCCGCCCACGGAAAUUUACUGAAUCCGCCCACCUGGCAGGCGGUUCUCUGGCAGGUGCUGUUUCCACUGUUGGACAAGGUGCGGGCCCUGUCCAGCUGUGCAAGCAACGAAAAGGUGGACACCAGCGGUAACAUACUGAUCCACCAUUCGCGAAACACGGCACAGAAGCAGUGGGCCGAAACGCAGGUUCUGACGCUGUCCGGUGUGUCCCGGGUUUUUAACACCAAACGUACCCUGCUUCAGAUGUUGGGAGAUUUCCCGCGAGCCUGGGCUCUGUUGUUGGAGUUCAUUGAAAACUCUGCCCUUAGCAAAAGCAAUGAAGUUUCGCUAGCAGCACUGAAAUCAUUCCAGGAAAUUCUGUACAAUCGACCUUUGCCUCCGACGGAUGAAUCAUCAAUCAAAACGACGAAAAAUUCUGAAAAGACAGCUAACGAAGAAAUUGACAUCUGGAACGUAGCCUGGCGAGUCUGGUUGACCAUAGGAGCCGAAAGCACCAAGCCACCUUCGUUGUCCACGGACGGGCCGGAUAGAGGAGGAGAUGACAUCUACAUACCGAGUCAGGCGUUUUUGACGGCGUUGGUGCAAAUCUUUCCGGCUUUGUUUCAGCACAUUCGAACGCGCUUCACUAACAAGGACCUGACCCAGUUGUGUACGGUACUGAUGAAUGCCGUGGCUGUACCAGUUCACAGUGAUUCGACGCCCUACAUAAUGUCCACUAUUUCCGAUUCUCUGCUGACUCCGCUGCACGACGGUGUUCUGGACUGUAUGGAGCUGUUGCAGAAAGAAGCAAUCGGAGGCGGUAAAGAUGGAACCAACUUGAAACACAUGAUAUCAGCCAUCUUCAAACAGUUGUUGAGCUUUAGUAAGUUUGCCUGCGUACCGCCAUCUUUCGAUCGUGUUGAGACAAGGCCUAUCAAAUCCACCCGUUCCGGUAGCGGCGGAACUGCUCAUCAGCUACCGACUAGUAACGGAGUCGAAUGGGUCAGCAUGAACUACAUUCCUUUCGGAGAGAAAGCACUAACGGUUGCGGUCAAGCUGUACCAGCGAACGGCAGCCGACGAAACGGUCAUCGAAGGUCAGAUUCUACAUGAAAUCAUCAAAGCGCUACACCUGCCACUGUCACUGAAGUACAACUGUAUGUCGGCCAGUACCUGGAAGCUGGCAAUUUCCAGUUUAAUGACUGUGCUGCAUACCGGCCUACCGGUGGCUCGGAAGCAUCCCAAACCGUUCGCACCUUUGUGGAAAGAUUUGUCGGACACGUUGGAUCAGUUUCUGUUCCCGAAAAGUGUUUGUGUGGUGGAGGAUCGCGGUCUGGACGAGCUGGUGCUCGACGAAACGAUCGAUUGUCAGGUGAUCGAACUGAUACGAGAUGAGAUGCUUCCCUACAGUCACGAAAUUCCCCAGCAGUUCAUCCUGGAUGCUGUGGUUUUGCUGAACAAAGGCUCUAUCCAUUCGGCGACUACGGGCAGUACCCCGUUCGCAGGGUGUGAGACGGAACUGAAGCUAAGAGAGGAGUUCGCAAAGACCUGCUUCGAAACACUAUUGCAGUUUUCUUUGCUGGACGAUGGGGUAAUUGGAGUUGGACCCGAUCUAGGAAGCAAUAAAACGAACAACAACUCCGACGCGACUGCUACGACUCUCGCUGGUGGAGUGAACGAAGGUGGCAUCGCAGGACGAUUGGCCAUCACGGCACUGUUGCAUCGCUUUGAAGAGGUUCUGCGGAAGUUCAACGACGACGAGCGAUUGAGUGGAAAAUUUCCUCUGCCAAGAUAUCGACUGUCCGAGAUAUCAUUUGUGCUAAAGGCUGUCGCUACCCUUGUGAUAUCAAUGAAAAAAGCACCACCUGCGAAAGUCGGCACAACCGCCUGGGAACAGCUGAUCGGCCUUUAUCCAUACCUGGUGGAAUGUACCACAACAUCGUCCGCCGAGGUUUCCCGCUCGCUUCGGGAGGCACUUCUUCAGUAUUGUGAUUUGCUGCGGCCUCCGCAAUCGGCAACCAACAACAACAGCAGCAGCAGUUCAUCCUCUCCGACCAACAACAACGUGCUGGUUAACAGCAACGGCAUCAGCCACUGUUAGCUAGUUUCCUUUCCGGCCGGAAGUUUUUACUUUUUACUACUGUACGACUCCGGUCUGCUGGCGAAGAUAGUAUUUUGAAGCUCGCGUCCUCGCGACAAAGUCCGUUACCGAACGGAAUGCUUCAUUUUCCGCAAUACUACAGUAAAACAUACUGAAUCAACCCGCGCUCCGUUGCGAGACAGGAAUGAUAUGUAUUUGUAUAAACAUAAAUUAUUUAUAUUUUUACUGGUUGAAUGUCAGCUUGAUAACUCUUAUCGUAAAAAAAUUUUAGAAUUAGAACACUUACUUUGUAGGAAACUCAUGUGCAAAAUGUUAGAAUGCAAAAAUUGUGAUUGAUUCCUUCCUUUUUGUCUGAUUUCGAUGUAGGCAAAUAAUAACUUCAACUAAAAAUCGUUCGUUCAUCAUCACCAAAAUUCGAUUUCGUUUUCUUCUACAAAAACAAACCGGCAAAUCUUAUAACUUUCACCCCGCCACUAUGAUAGUUUCUGAGGGAAACAAUAGGAUAUGUAUUUCAAUAGUAUUCAGAAGCAUUAGUAUCCUAUUAUUCUUAUAAAUCGAACAGCGUAGUUUUGCAGCGUAAUCUGUUGCCGUAGUAAACAAUUCCACUUAUUAGCAGUAAUAGUGCCAACAAUAACGUUUAGACUUCCUAUUGAAAUCCUGAAUACGCAUUUGCGGAACUUUUAUUUCAUGUUCAUAGACAUUUUGGAUGCCCAGUAAACUUACAUUACUACAGUUAUUUCUUGUUCAGUCGUUCGAUUCUCCUAGGAAAAAAUUGCGAAUCCAUUUUAAAACUGGUCCAUGAUAGGUAUGAACUUUUUAAGAUCAAAUAAUCAAAAGAUAAUAUUCACAAACAUACUGGUUGUGUUAAUCUAAAUAUAAAUUCUACUAAAAUCGUUCGUUUUUAAAAUACAUCAAAAUAAAAGUAACCCUUGUAGGACAUUACGUUCAAUCGCGGAAAACGAAUCAAUCUUCUGUUCCUUCUACUGUUGAGGUAGGCUGCUGAGUAAGCCCAAAAGCACUACAAAUCUUUUCGCAAAUCCCAGAGUUACAAAACGAAUUCAAAUGAAGAAGGCGUAGUACUACUAAAACCGAAUUGUAAUCGUAUUUUAGCACGCAAUUGAGUAUCAUAUUUGAGGUACUAAAGUUCAUUGGCACUCCUGUGAGAAUGAAACAGAACACACACAGACACCUUGUAGGGAAAAAACUUAAACUAAAAACCAGACGCACUGAGAACCGCGGAUACAAUAAAAAAAGGAAACGAAUUUAUAUUGAAUGAGGGCUUCUCUGAGAAUAAAACGGUUCUUAUGCAUAAUUA